UUUGUCUUUAAUGAACCCCUAUGUAAACGACACUUGAUGGUUUUUGCGUUUAACCUAAGAAAAUCGCCCAAGACGACACAAAGUAUCCAAAGGAAGUUCCCACUAACCAGAGGAACGAGUGUUGAAGCAGAGUAGCAGAAGAGGGUUAAUGGGAGAAGAUCCACAGAAGCUGAAGCGACUAGCGGCGGAUUCCUACGACUACGACAACGACUCUCGAUGGCCUGGUUACUGGAACAAUGUUCUCAUUCCUCCCCACAUGGCUUCUCGCGACGACGUCGUUUCACACUUCAAGCGCAAGUUCUACCAGCGCUACGUUGAUCCUGACCUUGUGGUGGAGCCAAUGUCUGUUGGUGGCAGUUCAUCCCAACCGACACGUUCAUCAACUACGUCAUCGUCAUCAUCGCCCCCAACAAAUAAUCAACCUCGUGCAAGAAGUUCUGGAUCAACUAAUAGAACUUCAGGGACAUCCACAACUGCUGGUCCAGGUCCUAGUCCAACACCUUUGCGUUGGGAUCGGCAGACAGUUCUAUUUUCUGUCUAUGCUUGGGUGUUUGUUGUGGCUUUCCUUGCAGCCAUUCCGCUGGUACCAAAGCAUCUUUCUCAUAGGGCUUAUCGCCUUUGUUUCCUGGGCACUCUUUGCUCUUCUUUGUACUCAUUGUACUCGCAAUAUGGGAAGCCAAGAGCAUGGAAUUUGCAGGCCUUGCAAGUUUACUUUCAGUCAAUAGUUGCUUCAAAGGAUUUUAUAUACUUCAUCUACUGCCUUACAUUUGUUACAUCUCAUCUUUGCCUUAAAUUUGCUUUGAUCCCCAUCUUGUGUUGGUCUUUUGAACAUGUUGCCAAGUUCCUUAGACGUAAUUUCAGUCGCUCUACCUUGUACAGGAAGUACUUGGAAGAGCCUUGUGUUUGGGUGGAGUCAAACAAUUCUACCCUCAAUAUACUGACAUCGCAUGCCGAGAUUGGACUUGGAUUCUUGCUGAUCAUCUCAUUGUUCUCGUGGCAGCGGAACAUAAUACAAACAUUCAUGUACUGGCAGCUUUUGAAGCUCAUGUAUCAUGUUCCUGUUACUGCCCCUUACCAUCAGAGUGUUUGGGCGCAAAUUGGGAGGACGGUUAAUCCACUCAUCCAACGCCAUGCGCCAUUCUUAAAGACUCCUAUAUCUACAAUUCAAAGAUGGUGGCUAAGGUAGAAGCUGGGCUAAAAUGUUUCAAUAUGAACACCAAGUAAACAAUUUUUGUUCCUUUAUCAUAAAAUACAGAUUGAUUUCACAUCAUGUGGCCAGUUGCUCAUAUUACGAAGAACUGACGGUAGAUUUGGGGUUGAAUAAUGUUAUAACACAAUGAAUCUUAGUUUGAUUGAGUAGUGUGUUUAUUUUAUUUCCACUUAAGCAUUCAUUAUUCGUACUGAUCCAUGCUUAAACAUGUAGUUGGUAAUUUGAUUAUUUACGAGAAUUUGUUAUUUUA